AUGGCAACCCGCGGAUAUGAAGAGACGUUCGUCGGCCGCACUCGUCGCCAUUCCUCCGUCCUCGAUGAAAAGGCCGUCCCCGCUCCUCUCACCCCUCGCCGAAAACAUGCGAGAAGCCAGAGCACUCGAGUGAGCAAUGGCACCGUCAGCACAAACAUGAGUAUGGCCUCGAGUCGAAUGUCCCAGGCUACAAAUAUCACCCAGCCCCCCUCGUACUCGAAAAAGUUUGUUGUUGUAGGCGACGGAGGGUGCGGGAAGACAUGUUUGUUAAUUAGCUAUUCUCAGGGCUAUUUUCCGGAGAAAUACGUUCCGACUGUUUUUGAAAACUACAUUACCCAAACCAUGCAUGCGCCUUCAGGGAAGACUGUUGAGCUAGCUCUUUGGGAUACAGCCGGACAGGAAGAAUAUGACAGACUUCGUCCACUCUCAUACCCGGAAACAGAUCUCCUAUUCGUAUGUUUUGCAAUUGACUGUCCUGUAUCUCUCGAAAACGUAAUGGACAAGUGGUACCCCGAAGUCCUUCACUUCUGCCCCACCACUCCCCUGAUCCUCGUAGGCCUCAAAUCCGACCUUCGCAACAAACGCACCUGCAUCGACCUCCUCAAAACCCAAGGCCUAACACCCGUUACCCCGGAACAGGGCCAGGCCGUCGCCAAGCGAAUGGGCGCCACGUAUGUUGAGUGCAGCAGCAAGGAGAUGCGCGGUGUUGACGAGGUUUUCGAACUCGCCGUGAACACUGCUGUGAGCAUCGAAGAAGAUUGGUAUAGCCGCGGUGUCGGGCCAAAUGGUGGGACUGGGAUUGGAGGAGUAAUCCGCAAGAGAGCUAAGAAGCCGACAUGCAAGCUGCUGUGA